AUGAAGUCCUCCGUCCUCGCUCUUCUCGGGGGGGCGUCUACAGCUCUCGCCGCCGUCCGUGGAUUCAACUAUGGCUCCCAAGGUCAGGAUUACAACGGCUUCGCCGGCCAAUUCAAGACGGCUGCCAGCUUGGCUGGUGCCAACGACUUCACCUCGGCCCGAUUGUACACCAUGAUUCAGGAGGGCACAACCGACACUCCUAUUGACGCCAUCCAAGCUGCUAUUGACACCAAGACGACUCUCUUGCUGGGUCUUUGGGCAUCGGUGGACCAGUCCGCGUUCGACCACGAAAUCACGGCGCUCAAGAGUGCCAUCGAACAAUACGGCUCUGACUUCGCCGACUUGGUCGUCGGCAUCUCUGUGGGAAGCGAAGAUCUCUACCGAAUCUCGCCCAUUGGCGUCGCCGCCGACAGCGGCGUAGGUCAAACUCCCGACGUCCUCGUCGACUACAUCGGUCAAGUCCGUGACGCAAUCAAAGGCACCUCUCUCAGCACCAAACCCGUGGGGCACGUCGACACCUGGAACGUCUACGUCGACGACACCAACGCCGACGUCAUCUCGGCCUGCGACUUCCUGGGUCUUGACGAAUACCCCUACUACCAAACCACCGAUGAGAACGACAUCGACAACGCGUCCUUCCUCUUCUUCCAGGCCUAUGACAAAGUCGCCGCCGUCGCCGGUGGCAUCCCCAUCUGGAUCACCGAGGCUGGCUGGCCCGUUUCAGGGCCCACCUCCCACUUGGCCGUUGCCAGCACUGAAAACGCCGAGAUCUUCUGGCAAGACGUCGCAUGCGAGCUCCAGCACCGUGGCAUCGACUUUUGGUGGUACAUUCUGGCCGACGCAGGGGCUUCGCCCUCUUUCGGGGUCAGUGACAACGGCAAACCUCUCUACAAUCUUGCUUGCAACGCUACCUCGGGCUCCUCGGGAAGCUCAACUUCGUCGUCCACGGCCUCCUCCAACUUCACCAACCCACACGGUGGUUCGUGGAACUCAUCUACUGCCUCGACUUCCAAGACCUCGGCUUCAGCAUCCAGCAGCACCCAAACCGUCACGGCCAAUGCCACCGGAGCCGGUGCUACUGUUCACGCCACAGCUGGUCCUGAAGCUUCCGCUACCGGUGCCGCCACCGGUGGCUCUCCCGCAACCGCGGGCGAAACCCCUGUAGCCGGCUCGGCAACCGCCUCUUCGCCCGAAUCGACCUUCACCGGUGCCGCGGUUAAGAUUCAAGGUUCGAUUGCCGGUCUUGCAAUGGGCGCCGCUGUCGCCGCCUUUGCUCUGUGA